GCUGUUUUGGUUGCGUUCCUGGCCCAGGGUGAGAUGGACGUUCUGCUCGAGGAAGUUCUGACGCAAAACGUAACUGGGUUGCAGUGGGUCGGCAGUGAAUCCUGGAUCACAGCAAAUUACUUGGCUGAGAAGAGGUACGCUGGGAUUUUAACCGGGUCGCUGGGCUUUGCGAUAAGAAAGGCAAAAAUCACAGGGUUGCGAGAAUUUCUCUUGAAGGUGAACCCAAGUCAGGAACCCCAGAGCGACCUGCUGAGAGAAUUCUGGGAAACGACGUUUCGAUGCAGUUUCCGGUCCGGUACACCUGGCACAAAAUUAUGUUCUGGCUUUGAGAGACUUCAGGACGCGGACAACGCUUUCACAGACGUGUCAGAGCUCAGGAUAUCCAACAACGUGUACAAGGCCGUGUAUGCUGUUGCUCACGCCCUUCAUGGUUUGCUAAAAUGUGGGCCAAGCGGUGACUCGGUGUCUCACUCGUGCAUCUUAAAAGAUCAUUCAGAACAAAGACAGGUUGCAGAACAUCUCCAGAAGGUAAACUUUACACUCCAGUCUGGGGAGCGAGUGUAUUUUGAUGAAAACGGGGAUCCUGCAGCAACCUAUGAGCUCGUGAACUGGCAGAGAAACCAAGCAGGAGACGUUGUGUUCACGACUGUAGGGAAGUAUGACGCUUCACAACCAAACUGGAACCAGUUCACCAUGAGCAACGUGAAAAUAACAUGGGCCGCAGAAUCCUGGGAGAGGCCUCUGUCCGUCUGCAGUGAGAACUGCCUGCCGGGUUUCCGUCAGGCGAUAAUCAAAGGCAAACCCAUCUGCUGCUUCUCCUGUGUUCCCUGCGCUGGUGGAGAAAUCAGCAACACCAACAAUUCUGCAGAGUGCUCACAGUGUCCGUCGGAGUACUGGUCGAAUGUCGACCACAGCAAAUGUGUCCCAAAGGUGAUUGAGUUCCUGUCAUAUGGAGAGACCAUGGGGGCCCUCCUCACUGCCUUCUCGCUGUGCGGAGCCAGUUUAACGCUCGUGGUCUUGUGUGUGUUUUUCCGGUUUCGGCACACGCCUCUCGUCAAAGCCAGUAAUUCAGAGCUGAGCUUCCUGCUGCUCUUCUCCCUGACUCUGUGUUUCCUCUGCUCUCUGGCCUUCAUCGGCCGGCCCACUGAGUGGUCCUGCAUGCUGCGUCACACGGCUUUUGGCGUAGCCUUUGCUCUGUGCAUCUCGUGUAUUCUUGCUAAAACGAUCACCGUGGUGAUGGCCUUCAAAGCUAAAAGACCAGCAAACACGUUUCCUCAGUGUUCAGCUCCGCUUCAGAGAACGAGCGUCAUUGGGUGUACUUUAAUCCAAGUGUUUAUUUGUGUGGUAUGGUUAGCUUUUGCUCCGCCGUUUCCACACAAGAAUACAGUUUACGCCAGUGAAAAGAUUAUUCUAGAGUGUGAUUUAGGAUCAGCUGUGGCGUUUUGGCUUGUUUUGGGGUAUGUUGGAUUUCUGGCCCUGCUGUGCUUUAUGUUUGCUUUUUUAGGCCGGAAGUUACCUGAUAACUUUAAUGAAACUAAAUUCAUAACCUUCAGCAUGCUGAUAUUUAGUGCCGUCUGGCUCACAUUCAUCCCAGCAUAUGUCAGCUCUCCUGGAAAGUUUACUGUAGCUGUGGAGAUAUUUGCAAUUCUAGCCUCAAGCUUUGGUUUGCUUUUUUGUAUUUUUGCACCAAAAUGUUAUAUUUUACUACUGAAACCUGAGAGGAAUACUAAAAAACAUUUGAUGGGACGAAAUCAGUCAAAAACACAAUGAAAGAAUAGUUGAAGUAUUACAAACAAAAGGGUUAAUUUAGUAAACUUUAGUUAAAUACUAAAAACUUAAAUUGACUAUAACAUUGUAGCUUAUUAAGUGCAUUGCAUCCAUUACACUUAUUGGCUCUCAUCAUAUACAUAUAAAAUAUUUUAAUUUUAUUGCUGUGGCAUAAUUUAACAGAAAGAAUGUAUAGAAUCUCAUAUGUAAUUAUCUAAAUAAUUAAUUCAGCUAAUUAUUAUCCCACAAGUUUGGGGCAGUUAUCAAUUUGAAACUUCAGUCCUGUAUGAAUUUCAUACUGGUUUUCUAAUAUGAUCCACCCAGUGGCUCAUUGGUAGCAGACCAGGCUCCAGAUGGACUUAGGUGGGGGGGGCAUGGAUUUUUUUGGGUGGGAGCAGGAAGAAGGGUUUUUGUUCAACAAUAAAUGCACAAAUAAAAGUUUAUGUAAAAUGAAAACAACAUUUUGUUAACAUAAAAUAAGCUGAAAUAAGAGAAACAGUGACAUGUUAGUCUUCACGAGUCACCAGAAAAUGCUGAGGAAUUACGUUAAGAUUAGCAUAAACAUUAGUUAUGUUGUUGAAAUCUCAGAAUCUAAUUUGUCCUCAUUCUAAAUUGGAGCUUCUGUGUUUUUUCAUUGUUUUUGAACCAGAGAGAGAGAGAAAAAAGACUUUCUAUGCAAUUUCGAGGUUGCUCUGAAAUUUGAGUGCUCUAUGUGUUAUACACUUUCUGUAACUAUAUACACAUUAACAGACAUGUAUAAAUAAAUAUUUUCAAUGUUUUAGCUUCA